AUGGAAAAGUUUAUUUCACACCCUCCGCUUAUAGUGCAAUCUUCGUUAUCACAGCUGCGGUACUUGGUGCUUGCAGAGGGUGCAGGGGACAGCGGCGAAAGCCGGCAGAGGUUUUAUAUCUGGUCUAUAUUAUCUCGCACGAAUAUGGAGGGGGCUACGUCUAGUUAUAUAAAGUUGGUGCAGCGGGGGCCGCCUGGGGCAACUAUAUACAAGAAGAUUCAAAACGAUACGUUUCGGACGUUUUCAACUGAUGCAGGGUUUAGGAAGCGGGUUUCUGAGGAGUCCCUAACGCGUUGUUUGUCAUGCUUUGCUUCACAGCAAGAGUUACUAGAGGAGGGUAAUUAUGCAGAGGGCGGCGUACGGAUUGCAAAGUAUGUUCAAGGGAUGAAUGUGUUACUGGCUCCAUUAUUAUAUAGCAGUCCUGCAGAGCCCAUGGCGUUUAGAUUAUUUGAAAAUCUGUGCUAUCGGGUAAUUCCGACAUAUCUUGAUAGUUCGCUAAGUGGUGUACAUACGGGUGCCCGUUUAUUGGAUAUCUGUUUGAAAAUAAUCGAUCCUAAAUUGAGUAAAUUUCUUUCGGAUAAUCUGUUGACCGCCGAAAUUUACGGGGUGCCUUCGAUUUUAACGUUGUCGAGUUGCCAGAAGCCUUUAGACCAAGUGUGCAAGUUAUGGGAUUUUAUGUUCGCAUAUGGGUUUCAUAUGAACGUGCUUUUUAUUGUUGCACAGUUGGUUACGAUGAGAUCCGAGAUUAUGAAUUCUGGAUCGCCGAUGAAUCUGCUGCGGCAAUUCCCGGAGUUUGAUGCUGAUGAAAUAAUUAGGUUGGGUGUAGGAUUUGUUGCCAAGGUCCCCCAAGAACUCUACGAGUUAUUGGUUAACCAUUUGAGGGAUCCGAAUAUAGAUUUAUCUGGUUAUGGCGGCAGCAUAGACUGA